UAUAUAUUUUGAUAUCAUCUUGCACAGAAAAGGGUUUAAAAUAUUUUUGUUUUAAAAAAAAAUUCCCAAAUAUCCAAAAUUUCUAAUAAAGAAGCCUUUAUUCAAAACAAAUUAAAUCCCACAAACAAUUUCCCAUACAAAAUCAACAAUGUCACGUUUCAGUGGAGCCCUACAACUAACAGAUCUCGAUGAUUUCAUUACCCCAUCGCAGGAAUGCAUAAAACCAGUCAACAUUGAAAAAACAAAAUCAAAAACUGGUGCUAAAAUAACAAUUCAAGAUGAUGGUUAUUACGAAGAGACUUCCACUGGAAUGCAAAAAUUACAAAAAGUCGAAAUAACCUUACAAGAUUGUUUAGCAUGUUCAGGAUGUAUAACAUCGGCUGAAGGUGUUUUAAUAACACAACAAAGUCAGGAAGAAUUGAUGAAAGUUCUCAAUGAGAAUCAAAAUCAUAAGUUACAGGGAAAUCUGGAAAAAGUCAAGACUAUUGUCUUUACUAUUUCCCAACAGCCAAUUCUUAGCUUAGCUCAGAGAUAUGAAUUAAGUCCAGAAGAAUGUAGUAAACAUUUGGCGGGUUAUUUCAAAUCUCUUGGAGCUGAUUUGGUUUUAAAUACCAAAAUUGCCGAUGAUUUGGCUUUGAUUGAAAGUCGUGUUGAGUUUGUGGAACGUUUCCGCAAUCAACAACUUCCAAUGUUAUCCUCAUCGUGUCCCGGUUGGGUUUGUUAUGCUGAAAAAACACAUGGUACUUUUAUUCUUCCAUUUAUCUCGAGUACGAGGUCACCUCAGCAAAUUAUGGGAAUGUUGGUUAAGCAACUUCUUGCUCAAAAGCUUAAUGUCCCAACAGAGAAGAUCUAUCAUGUCACAGUGAUGCCAUGCUACGACAAAAAACUAGAAGCUUCCCGGGAGGAUUUCUUUAGCGAAGCUAGUAACUCGAGAGAUGUCGAUUGUGUUAUCACAUCAAUUGAAAUUGAACAAAUGCUUACUAUGCAAGGUUCUGAUUCGUUGAAUUCAUUUGGUCAAGUUGAUCUUGAUUGGCCGUGGAGUGGACAGAAACCUGAAGGUGGUAAUGUGUGGGGACAUGAGUUCUCUGGGUCGGGUGGAUAUUCGGAUCAUAUAUUUAAAUUUGCUGCAAAGGAGUUGUUUGGAGAUGAAGUUGAACAAUUGGAGUAUAAAAACUUGAGAAAUCCAGAUUUCCGUGAACUAACGUUGGAAAAAGAUGGAAAAGUUCUUCUUAAAUUUGCAAUAGCGAAUGGAUUUCGAAAUAUUCAAAAUCUUGUUCAGAAAUUGAAACGAGGCAAGACACAGUAUCAUUUUGUUGAAGUGAUGGCAUGUCCUUCUGGUUGUCUUAAUGGCGGUGCACAAGUUCGUCCACCAACUGGAAUUGCAGUUAGAGAAUUGACAAUGCAGCUGGAGGAACUUUAUAAGCAAUUACCGAAGUCAAUACCGGAUAAUUCUGAAACUAGAGCAAUUUAUUCGAGUUUCUUCGAUGGACAACAUACGGACAAAGCGAAGAUGCUAUUGCAUACUUCCUAUCAUGCUGUGGAGAAGAUGAAUACAGCUUUAAAUAUAAAAUGGUGAUUUUUAGUUAGUAUAAUUGGGUUUAGGAAUUUUAUUGUGUAAAUUUUAAUAAAAAAAUGAAAAUCAGUAUGAACUGAUUAGAGGAAA